UUAAAAAAAAGUUAAUAUAAAAUUAUAGCAAAAAAAAAAAAAAAAAGGAACCUGAACUUUAGUAACACAGCUGGAACAAUCCGCAGCGGCGGCAGGAGCGGCGGGAGAAGAGAUUUAAUUUAGUUGAUUUUCUGUGGUUGUUGGUUGUUCGCUCGUCUCACGGUGAUGGAAGCUGCACAUUUUUUCGAAGGGACCGAGAAACUGCUGGAGGUCUGGUUCUCCAGGCAGCAGUCCGACGCAAGCCAGGGCUCUGGGGAUCUUCGCACCAUCCCAAGAUCUGAGUGGGAUGUCCUUUUGAAGGAUGUGCAGUGCUCAAUCAUAAGUGUGACAAAGACUGACAAGCAGGAAGCUUAUGUACUCAGUGAGAGUAGCAUGUUUGUCUCCAAGAGACGUUUCAUUUUGAAGACAUGUGGUACCACCCUCUUACUGAAAGCACUGGUUCCCCUGUUGAAGCUUGCUAGGGAUUACAGUGGGUUUGACUCAAUUCAAAGCUUCUUUUAUUCUCGUAAGAAUUUCAUGAAGCCUUCUCACCAAGGGUACCCACACCGGAAUUUCCAGGAAGAAAUUGAGUUUCUUAAUGCAAUUUUCCCAAAUGGAGCAGCAUAUUGUAUGGGACGUAUGAAUUCUGACUGUUGGUACUUGUAUACUUUGGAUUUCCCAGAGAGCCGAGUAAUCAAUCAGCCAGAUCAAACCCUGGAAAUUCUGAUGAGUGAGCUCGACCCAGCAGUUAUGGACCAGUUCUACAUGAAAGAUGGUGUUACUGCAAAGGAUGUCACUCGUGAGAGUGGAAUUCGUGACCUGAUACCAGGUUCUGUCAUUGAUGCCACACUGUUCAAUCCUUGUGGCUACUCAAUGAAUGGGAUGAAAUCGGAUGGAACAUAUUGGACUAUUCACAUCACUCCAGAACCAGAAUUCUCUUAUGUUAGCUUUGAAACAAACUUAAGUCAGACCUCCUAUGAUGACCUGAUCAGGAAGGUUGUGGAAGUCUUCAAGCCAGGAAAAUUUGUGACCACCUUGUUUGUUAAUCAGAGUUCUAAAUGUCGCACAGUGCUUUCUUCCCCCCAGAAGAUUGAAGGCUUUAAACGUCUUGAUUGCCAGAGUGCUAUGUUCAAUGAUUACAAUUUUGUUUUUACCAGUUUUGCUAAGAAGCAGCAACAACAGCAGAGUUGAUUAAGAGAAAUGAAGAAGAAAAAACGCAAAAAGAGAAGACACCCAGGAGGUGGUGGCUGCUGUCUAGAUGUUGACGCUGGGGGCUCUGUUCUCCAUGACCACCACCUUGUAGUUGCAGAAAGCCCUAGGUGUAUUGAUAGUGUAAUCAUUUUGAAGUGUAUGCAUUAUUAUAUCAAGGAGUUAGAUAUCUUGCAUGAAUGCUCUCCUCUGUGUUUAGGUGUUCUAUGCCACUCUUGCUGUGGAAUUGAAGUGCAUGUAGAGAAGAACUUUGACUGUAUGAAUCCUUACGACACUUGUGAAAAUGAUUCAAUUUGGUUUAUGCACAGUGUAAUAUUUCUGCAGGCAUCGUCCAAAAUCCCCCACAGACAAGGCUUUCGUCCUCAUUAGAUGCUGGCCUCAGCUGACCAUCUGCGACUGUUCUAUUAAAUUGCUGCCAGAAUUUUUACAUCCAGUUACCUCCACUUUCUAGAGUAUAUUCUCUACUAAUGUUAUUCAAGACCAAUUUUUACUUCACACAGGUGUUUUAUGCAAUGGCAAUUAAAGUUUUUCCUCCACAAGUUGAGUCCUUGUAAGGAAAUGCUGAUUCCGGUUGCUGUGUUGUGUUCUACUGUUGGAAUAGUUGUUCCUGCUUUUGCAGUCCUGUGAUUGAUUUCUCCUCUCAUCACGGUGUCUUCCUCCUCUUCCCAGCUCACUGCUCCCCAUCAAAGCAGUACACGGUUACACAGGGCUUACCUAGCAAUCUUCUUAUUCCCCGGGUGGGAUUUUCUUUUUUUAAGACAUAAGAAUAUGGCCUCCUUAUUGGCAUGAACUGUAGAAGAUAAAUGACAAAGUGGAAAGUAUUAAAUGAAAAGAGUUCAGUCUCCAGGGGUAGUUAGCAGAGAGAGAGAACCCAUUAAAAAAACCUUGAUGGAACCAGUUGGCUGUGCGGUACACUUUUAGCUUUAAUGGAGGACCUGGCAUGCCUUCUAACUUACUAAGUAGUGACCGGAGGAAGUCCGCUAAGUCGAAGCAGAUAUUUAGUCCUAGACAUUCUGACCUCAGUACUUGCAGUCAACUUUUAACCUAUUGCCACCAAUUCCUACUAAAAGAAAAUUUGAUUCAAGGAGAAUCUGUGGCAUUUCCAUCUGUGACUUAGAAGUUGUAUUUUUUGUGUGUGUGAUGCAUGUGAGUUGUUCUGACUUCACCUGUUCCUGUGUGGUCUUCUCUCACCAUGGUCUUCUUCACAUGAUCCAAUGAAUGACUGCCCAGAGUGAGGACUAUCCAGGUUACUCAGCCAGGCAGUAAAUGUAUGAACACACAAAACACAAUAUUCUGAAAUAUUUUAAUGGGACUAGAAAUAGGCUUUCAAGAGUUGGCAUGUUAGUGGCAUUUGCAGAUAUUGUGGGAUUUAAACAGCUGGGAGAGGAGCAAAAUGGACUUAAUUUUCUAUUUAUUGCCUUCGGACUAUUUUCUUGGUAGUUUCUGGACUGAUGCAGUGAUGUUCUGUUCCUUCCGUAUUUAUAACGAAACACUUUUUUAGCGUUUCUAAACAUAGAAUCUACUUGGUUUGAAAUCAAGUGGUUGGAACACUGUCUGGACUUUUACUUAAGCAUGCUGUUGAUUGAAUGCUUCAUUGGGGAAGCCUCCGAUCAGCUCUAUCAGUCUGAUUCUGUAAUGAGCACAGCACCUAAUGUUUUGAACUGCUAUUUGGAGGACCAGUGCUUAUUUAAGCUGGAUUUUGUAACCCACUAGAUUUUGUUGGUUUGAGGUCUGAUUCCCCGAUCUUACAGAAUUACAAAUUCUAAUGUUGAAAUUUGCAUAGGUUCUUAUGGGAAAAGCCUAGAAAACCAACAGUAGAUUGAAUAGUGAUCCUUGCAGGAGGGGAGUUUGGGUGCCAUAAUUUCUUUUCGUUGGUGUUGGGCUUUUAAUCAGUUGAAAUGUAUUUCUGUACCACGAUGUAAGCUUCAAUAAAAGUUUGCUUAAUUGUCUAGUAAUAUUCAGAAA